AUGAGGACUCUUUAUGGAGGUUUUGAUAAGGUAGUUGCCACUAAAGUUGACUUCAAAAACUUCAAGAGAGACUUAAAUAGGUAUAUAGCUGAGUACGAUGCUGACAUGGUUAUCAAGCGCCUAAGAAGGAAGAAAGAAUUUAUGCCCAAUUUCUCUAUGGAAUACCUUACAACUGCCGAUGGCGUUUUUCGUGCGUUGUUCUGGGCCGAUGGUGAUUCAAAGAGAAAUUUUAAUAUUUUUGGGGAUGUUGUGUCCUUCGAUGCUACUUAUCGUCGUAACAAGUACAAUAUGAUGUUUGUACCUUUUACCGGCGUUGACAAUCACUAUCGUAAUGUUACCUUGGGUGCUGCUAUAAUAGGGGAUGAAACUGCCGAAACAUAUAGCUGGUUGCUUAACGCAUUUUGGCAGGCGUUUGGGCGCGCACCACCUGUGAUUGUAACUGAUCAAGACCCAGCGAUGAGGAAAGCUAUUCAAGAUACUUGGCCUGAAAGUAGGCACAGGCUUUGCAUGUGGCAUAUAAUGGAGAAACUUACUACCAAGGUUGGCGCCAACCUAUGCAAUAGCACCGAUUUUAAGAAGAGGUUGUGUGAUAUUGUUUGGACUGAUGCAUUACUACCAGAACAGUUUGAAACCGAAUGGGGUGUUAUAUUGGCUGAUUUUGAUUUGGUGAAUCAUGAAUGGUUACAGUCAAUUUAUCAGAUUAGGGAUACAUGGAUCCCUGCGUACUAUCGUGAUCAACACAUGUCUGGGCUGAUGCGUACCUCAUCACGUUCGGAGAGUGAGAACCAUUUCUUUGGGCAGUUUUGCAACACGAACUGUACGCUUGUUGAAUUCUUGGGGCAUUUUGAUUCUGCAAUUGAAGCCCAAAGACACGAGCACAGGAAGAAUGAUCACGAUACUAGGCACACGAACCCCCAAAUAUUUGCAAAAGAGUUUGUCUUAGAACAACAUGAGGAUGAUAGAGAGGAUAACUUUGUGAACAUCUCUGUGAAGGACUUUUCUCAAACGUGUACUACAUUUUUUCAGGUUAUGAUGCGGCAGCUAGACAUGACCGUGAGUUGUUCAUGCAAUAGGCAGUUCCCUGAAAGGUAUAUAAUGCGACGGUGGACCAGGGAAGCUGUUCCUAAUAGUGCCCCUGGAGCGAUAUUAGGGAUUAGCGAAAGUGAUGAUCGGUACCAGCAAGUUAAUGGUGUUGUAAGGGAGAUAACAAGGUCAGCCGAGUCUCUUAUUAACAGAAUGAAGAGUAAUCGUGAAAUUGCCAUUAUUCAAUCUGCGAAGAAAAAAAAGGGUCGUGAAUGUAGCAAUUGCAAACGUCGGGGGCAUAAUAUACGUACCUGCACGUACCCGGCAAGGGAAAAGGCCGACGACUCCUCAGAAAGUGAUGAAGCGGCCCUUGAAGGAGACGACGAAGAGGAGCUAGAAGAUGCGACGGGUGAAGGAGACGACGAAGAGGAGCUAGAAGAUGAAGAGUAG